UACCACAAGCUUAUUGUAUAGACUACAGAUCAUAUGUCACAUUACUUUAUGGUAAUGCUACAUUUGCUGUUGUUUUUUUCAGAUGCUAAUCACUGCAUUAAGUGUCCAGAUGAAGAUUACUCCAACAAGGAUCACACAGAAUGUAUUGCCAAGGUUAUCAAUUACCUCUCCUACAAAGACCCUUUGGGAAUCAGCAUAGCUUUCUUUGCCCUGUUCUUUACCUUAAUCACAGGAUUUAUCUUAGGCAUCUUCUUUAAAUACCAGGAAACAGCCAUGGUCAAAGCCAACAACCGUGAUCUCACCUACAUGCUUCUCGUCUCCCUCCUGCUUUCCUUCUUGUCCUCCUUUCUCUUCAUUGGCCAACCGCGGAUGGCAACCUGCCUUCUUCGUCAAACUGCUUUCAGCACCAUCUUCUCAGUGGCUGUCUCAUCCUUGUUGGCAAAAACCAUCACCGUGGUGGUGGCCUUUAUGGCCACUAAACCAGGAAGCAGAAUGAGGAAAUGGUUGGGGAAGAGUUUGGCCAACUCCAUUGCCAUUUCUUGCUCUGGUGUUCAAGUGGGCAUCUGUAUGGUCUGGCUGGGGGUCUCUCCUCCGUUUCCAGAUUCUGACCUGAACUCCCAGCCUGGACAGAUCGUAUUGCAAUGCAAUGAAGGGUCUAUGGUCAUGUUUUACGGUGCCCUCGGCUACAUGGGUUUUCUGGCUGCCAUCUGUUUCACAGUGGCUUUCCUUGCUAGGAAGUUGCCAGGAGCUUUCAAUGAGGCCAAGCUGAUCACCUUUAGCAUGCUGGUUUUUUGUAGUGUUUGGAUCUCCUUUGUGCCCACCUAUUUCAGCACCAAAGGGAAAUACAUGGUAGCUGUGCAGCUCUUCUCUAUUUUGUCUUCCAGUCUGGGGUUACUGGGUUGCAUAUUUAUCCCCAAAUGCUACAUUAUACUAUUUAGACCUCACUUGAAUACAAAGAACUUUCUGGUGCUGAAAACUCAAGACGGCACUUGAUUCUUCAUCCUAAUUUGCUCUUUAUUAAGCACUGGUUUGUCCACUGAAUGUAAUGGUACUCACAUCUUCCCUUAUGAGUAAACUAUCGA